AUGGGGUGGACCUUCAACACCGUGGACCCGAACGCACCGACAGAUGGGCCCAAGAUCUCAGCUGUUGCCAUCGUCAUGACAACAUUGGCCAUGGUGGCCGUCAUUCUGAGGGUUUAUGUUCGCCAACGCAUGGUUAAGGCCUUCGGAGCCGAUGACUGGGUGAUUGUCUAUGCUUGGCUUUCGUCUGCAGGAUUCGCAGUUCUGUCUUGCGUUCAAACACGAUGGGGUCUUGGACUACACAGCAUCGAAGACUUGCCUACCGAAGACAUUUAUAAUUUUGGCCUGGUUCAAUACAUGGGGGCCCCAUUUUAUAUAACAAGCAUCUUGGCCUUCAAACUCAGCCUUCUGCUAUCAUAUCUGCGAUUUAUGCCCAAGGGCGCCUACCGUUAUACUACAUUUGUCGUCAUACUGCUCACUGUCCUCUUCCACCUGGCCUUUCUUCUGGUGCAGAUCAAUCUUUGCCAGCCGGUCCAAGCCCAAUGGGACCCGAGCAUUGUCGAUAAGACAUGCUUACCCAGUGUGCCCGUAUACACAGCUAUGGCCUCCCUGACCAUUUUAUUUGAUGUCACUGCCAUGGUCCUCCCAUUCCCUGUUUUGAUGAGCCUCAAGAUGCAAAACCGCAGAAAGGUUGUUCUGCUUGGACUUUUCGGACUGGGCAUCUUCAUCACGAUAAUCCAGAUUAUCCGCAUCCAGACCGUCAAGCGGCUAGUCGUCUACACCGACAGUGCGCCGUUGAUCAUGUGGUCGGCAGUCGAGGCCAACCUGGGGGUCAUCGUCGCCAGCGUCCCGUGCCUGUCUCCGCUUAUCAAAUACUUCAGGGAACGAAGCACGACUGGCUCCAAGGGAAAGUCUGGUGGCUACCAGGUUGGGUCGCAAUAUGCUCUGCGCACCUGGAAGUCGACAAACAAUGCACGGGAUACGAACAUGGGGGCCUCGCUCUCCGGCCAUCGUGCAAAGGCCGAAGCAACUGUCACAAAUCCCACCACGGACAGCACGGAAUACAUAUUGGAGCCGACCAAGAUCAUGGCUAAAACGGAGAUCACGGUAACGAGGGUAUAG